GUCCCUCAGUUCAAGAUGGCGGACACGGAGGCAGUGUCAGUGAAGAAGAAGAAGAAGGCAAAGAAAGUCAGUGAAGAAGAAGUUGGGGAGAUCCAACAGAGUGGAGACUUUUUCAUCCAACCAGAGUCUAAAGUCGCCUCCCUGGAUACGUCUCAGUGGCCUCUUUUAUUAAAGAAUUUUGACAAAUUGAAUGUCCGGACAACUCAUUACACCCCACUACCAAGCGGUAGCAACCCCCUGAGGAGGGGCAUCCAGGACUAUGUCAGGUCGGGGUUCAUUAACCUGGACAAACCGGCAAACCCGUCGUCUCACGAGGUGGUGGCAUGGAUCCGGAGGAUCCUGCGAGUGGAGAAGACAGGUCACAGCGGGACGCUCGACCCGAAGGUCACGGGCUGUCUGAUUGUGUGUGUAGACCGAGCCACACGAUUGGUCAAAUCUCAGCAGAGCGCUGGUAAAGAGUAUGUGGGAAUUGUUCGGCUGCACAAUGUAAUAGAGAGCGAACACGCUCUGGCUCGGGCGUUGGAAACACUGUCCGGCGCUUUGUUCCAGCGACCGCCGCUGAUCGCCGCCGUGAAACGUCAACUGAGAGUCAGAACGAUCUAUGAGAGCAAACUGAUCGAGUAUGACCCCGAGAGGAGGCUGGGUAUCUUCUGGGUGAGCUGUGAAGCAGGAACUUACAUCCGGACUCUGUGUGUCCACCUGGGUCUGCUGCUCGGGGUUGGGGGUCAGAUGCAGGAACUGAGAAGAGUCCGGUCCGGAGUCCUGGGGGAGAAGGACAACAUGGUCACGAUGCACGACGUUCUGGAUGCUCAGUGGCAGUUUGAUCACAACAAAGACGAAUCAUAUCUGAGGAGAGUUAUAUUCCCGCUGGAGAAGUUGCUGGUGUCUCACAAACGGCUGGUGAUGAAGGACAGUGCUGUGAAUGCCAUCUGUUACGGAGCGAAGAUCAUGCUGCCAGGUGUCCUCAGAUAUGAAGACGGCAUCGAGGUGAACCAGGACAUAGUCGUCAUAACAACCAAGGGGGAGGCCAUCUGUACAGCUGUUGCUCUGAUGACAACAGCUGUGAUCUCCACAUGUGAUCACGGCGUUGUGGCGAAGAUAAAGAGGGUUAUCAUGGAGAGAGACACGUAUCCUCGGAAGUGGGGUCUAGGACCGAAGGCGAGUCAAAAGAAGAUGAUGAUUCAGAAAGGACUCCUCGACAAACAUGGGAAACCUAAUGGCAGCACACCACAGGACUGGAAGAACCAAUACGUCGACUACAGUGUCUCAAAGGUGACAGAGGAGUCAUGUGAUGCUUCAGCAAAGAGAAAGAGGGAGGCAACAGAUAGCGACGGUGACGCAGCGACGAUGCCCCCCACGCCAUCUGCAGAGGAAGUGAAGAAAGAGAAGAAGAAAAAGAAGAGAGCCAAACUUGAGGAGGCAGAGCAUGUAGAGGAAGGGGCAGGGGUUGAGGAGGCGGGGGCGGAGCCUGAGACUGAGGUUGUUGAAAGUGCCAAGAAGAAGAAGAAGAAAAAGAAACAGAAAGAAUGCGACACAUCAGAGUGACAACGGAUCUACAGGUGAACAGUGCGUCAGCAUAUUCCGCCCACUGUCACACCUGUCUGAACAUCUGGAUGCAAAGCAUUCUGGGAGUUUAAUAAUAAUGGACUGCAUGAACGCAGAAAGGACUGUUUUUGUUUUUUAUACAGUUUUUUUUUU